AUAAAUAAAUGAGAUUACUUUCUCCUGCAUCAUCUCUUUGGUUGAUAUCAUUAAUCGACUGAAUUGGAAAUAAAGCGGUAGCUACGUUUUGUUUUCCUGAUUACUGGAACUGCGGGUCGUAAGAUUAAAUAUCAUCUAUUUAGUCAGUGCAUCGAGUCAAGCAAUUGAAUAUUCUCGCCUGAGAAGUUUGGAAAUAAUUUCGCUGUACGAGAAAUAUGAUAAGCGAGUUUUAUUCCGUCGUCAUUAGCGCUGCCCAAAAGUAGGAGUAAUUCCGUUUGUGCAGGUAGAAAAAAAUUGCAGUGGAAAAAACCCGGAACGGAUAGAAUGAAUCUUUUGGACUGUAACACGUAUGGCAACGGGAUACUGUAUGUCGGAUUCAACCAAGAUCAAGGUUGCUUCGCCUGCGCCACCGACAAUGGAUUCCGCAUAUAUAAUACCGAUCCCCUAAAGGAAAAGGAACGUCAGUAUUUCACAGAUGGCGGCAUAUCGCAUGUGGAGAUGCUGUUUCGCUGCAACUAUCUCGCGUUUGUUGGCGGAGGGAUUCGGCCAUUGUAUCCGCCCAACAAAGUGCUCGUCUGGGACGAUCUUAAAAAGGCACCGGCUAUUUCAUUGGAUUUUAAUGCUCCCGUGAAAACCAUACGUUUGCGACGAGAUAGAAUUGUAGUGGUCCUGGAAGGCAUAAUCAAGGUGUACACGUUCACCCAAACGCCAACCCAGCUGCACGUGUUUGAAACGAGCCAAAACCCACAGGGUCUGUGUGUGCUCUGUCCGAAUAGUAACAAAUCACUGCUGGCAUUCCCGGGUCGCCGUACUGGGCAUGUGCAGAUCGUGGAUUUAGCCAACACCGAAAAAGCACCACAGGAAAUUGUCGCUCACGAAACCGCCAUCAGUUGCAUUGCCCUGAAUCUUCAAGGUACCAGAUUGGCUACCGCCAGUGACAGAGGAACGCUCAUAAGGAUCUUUGAUACGGCUAAUGGAAACAAAAUGGCCGAACUAAGACGUGGUUCGAAUCAGGCUAAAAUUUAUUGUAUCAAUUUCAACCACCAAUCGACGGCCGUGGUAGUCUCCUCGGAUCAUGGAACGAUUCAUGUUUUUAAUCUUGAUGAGCCAAGAAGCAAAGAGUCUAGCAGUCUGCUGACGAAGUAUUUCACCAGCCAAUGGUCUUUCUGCAAGUUUUCGAUCCCGCAAGGACCACCGUGCAUAUGCGCAUUCGGCUCUGAAAACAAUUCAGUAAUAGUGAUAUGUGCGGAUGGUCAUUACUAUAAAUUUGUCUACAACAGCAAAGGAGAGUGUAGUCGAGAAGUGUGCGCGCAAUUCCUGGAAAUGACCGAUGAUCAUACUUAAUCCAAAACUCGUUCUCUAUCAGUGAGAAUACUGUCAAAAACUGCUACAUAGACUGUGUGACUGAAGUGAUUGUCGCGAAAUAAUGGUGU